GCGAGGUCCCUGCACGUGUUUUCCCAGCAUGCAACGCUUCCCAGGCUCCUGUUGACUACGGAAAGAGAAAAGCCGGAACCGGAAGUAAUCCAAGGUUCUGAACGUCCGCUACCAAGAAAGUUCUGCGUCAUGAGUGGCGGCUGGUGCGGGAUGCUCCUGCGGGCUCCAGCCUCCCGGUGCUGGAGGCUCCCCGAAGCCCGCAGGAGUCUAUCGCGGUCCGCAGGCGGCACCGCGAACGUGUUCGACCGAACCAUGAAGAAGAGGCAGAAGGACUGGGCGGCGUCAACGCCGGACAGCCGGAAGUACGAUUACCUGCGAGAGGAGGUCGGCAGUGGCGUGGCUGACCGCGUGUACGACGUUGCCAGGACGUUUCCCGUGGCGUUAGAACUCGGCGCCGGCCGAGGUCACAUUGCUCAACAUUUAAAUAAGGAGGCCGUGGAGCGUUUGUUCCUGACAGACAUCUCAGACGCCGUCUUGCGACAGGCCAGUGGCGGCGAGAUGGCGACGCACGUGGUCAUGGCCGACGAAGAGUUUCUUCCUUUCAAGGAGAACACGUUUGACCUGGUGCUGAGCAGCUUGAGUCUGCACUGGAUCAACGACCUGCCGGGAGCGCUCAGACAGAUCCUCCACGUCCUCAAGCCAGACGGCGUCUUCAUCGGCGCCAUGGUGGGCGGGGAAACGCUCUACCAGCUGCGCUGCUCCCUCCAGCUGGCCGAGACCGAGAGGGAGGGGGGCUUCUCACCCCACAUCUCCCCCUACACGGCCGUCACCGACCUGGGCAACCUGCUGGGGCAGGCAGGCUUCAACAUGCUCACUGUGGACAUCGAUGAGGUCCAGGUCCACUAUCCAAGCAUCAUGGAGGUCAUGAUGGACCUGCAAGGGAUGGGUGAGAGCAACUGUGCCUGGAACAGAAGAGCCAUGUUGCAUCGAGACACCAUAUUGGCCGCAGCAGCUGUUUACAAAGAGAUGUACGGGAAGGAGGACGGCUCCAUCCCCGCCACCUUUGACGUCCUCUACAUGAUUGGCUGGAAGCCUCACGAGUCUCAGGCCAAAGCAGCCAAACGAGGCUCGGCGAGCGUGUCCUUUGCAGAUUUAUCUCAAAUCCACAAGGAUCCCAGCAGGAAAUGAUGGGCUGUAUUUCAAAUAUUUGUAAUUAAAAUAUUCAACAUUGUCA